UUGGAAGAAAUAUUAAGGAUUAAACAUGAGUUCUAACGUUGUACCUCUUCCAAAUAGAGAAAAUAUUUCUCAUAAUGACCAAAACAAGCAGAAAGCCAAACUUUCCUUAAUUGAUAUUGUUUCAUCUCUCAAGGAAAGGACAGGCAAAUUGGAUACGAAGAAAGUAAUACAUAGUGUCAAAGUUGGUAUAGCUUUAGUAUUGGUAUCGCUUUUGUAUCUCCUGGAUCCUCUCUUUCAGAAAGUAGGACAAAAUGCCAUGUGGGCUGUUAUGACUGUUGUAGUUCUCUUCGAGUUCUUCGCAGGUGCUACACUAAGCAAAGGCAUAAACCGAGCUAUUGGUACCGUAUUGGGAGGAGGAUUGGGUUGUUUGGCUGCAAUUUUAGCUGACAAUAGUGGAAAAAUUGGUGGCGCCUUAGUUGUUGGAAUCUCUGUGAUUGUCAUAGGUGGGGGUGCAACGUACGCAAGGUUGAUACCAAGUGUGAAGAAGAGAUAUGACUAUGGAGUUAUGAUAUUCAUAUUAACAUUCAGUUUGGUGGUAGUAUCGGGUGUUCGAGCUGACAAAAUCAUGAAGUUGGCUGGAGAGAGGCUCUCCAACAUUGGAAUGGGCUUUGCUGUCUGCAUAUUUACAAGUUUCAUCUACCCCAUUCGGGCUAGCGAUGAACUUCAUUCCUCCACUGCUUCUAAGUUUGAUAAACUUGCCUCUUCUAUCCAAGGGUGCUUGGAGGAAUAUUUUGAGAUAGCCAAUGAUAAGGAAAAACAGCCAACAAUGGACGUUAGUGGAUGCAAAUCGGUGCUGCACUCGAAGUCCAGUGAUGAGUCAUUGGCAAAUUUCUCCAAGUGGGAACCUUGGCAUGGAAAAUUCGGAUUCUUUUAUCCAUGGGAGAAGUAUCUGAUUAUUGGAGAGGUUCUAAGGGAGCUUGCAGCAAUUGUCCUGUCAGUCAAAGGAUGUAUUCAAUCAGUCAGACAGCCAUCCCCAACACAAAGAGACAGCAUAAGAGAGCCAUGUGAAACAAUAGGAUUGUCACUAGCAACGAUUUUGACUGAGCUUGGAGAGAGCAUAAGGGAUAUGAAAUUAUGUCUUGCUAAAAUUUCGAUAAGUCCUAGAAUACAAUGCAUGAGACAAGAGCUAAGCCUCCUCGUAAGCUCGAACACUUUAGAGAAUAAUUCGACUGAAAGUCUUGGGUUGGCCAGCUUUAUAUUUCAAAUUCUGGAGAUGGUGGAGAAAGUGGAAUUGUUGGCUACAAGGGUGGAAGAACUUGGUGAAAUUGCUCGCUUUCCCAACAAGAAACUUGAUGUUUAACUGUAAUGUUUCUACUUAAUUAAGUUAUAUACAUGUUCAUGUAAAUAACUUUUUUACACUAUCAAGUCAUUCAAAAAAAUAUCUUAGAGUAAGCUUUCUUAAAAUAUAAAAUAUGCUACUAUUGAAAAUAAAACAGGGUACUACCUGACUGCAAGAGGUAAAGAUGACUUGAUGGUGUAAUGGCAAUGUAUAUAUAACAUCAGAUAUAGUGAUGGUGCUCUGUAACUGAAAGAGUUUAAGUGACCUACAUCCUUAAUAUAAGAAAUUCUUAUAGUAUACAUUUAUUAUCAUAAUGAUGAUGUGUAUAACUUAAAUAGAAAUAUGGGAAGAGUAUUUUGAAUCCUUCCCUUGA